GCUCGAGCCCCGGUGGUGGCGGCUGGGCCACUGGGCAGAGUCGGGGAGCUGCAGCCUGGUCUGGUCUGGGGUGUCGGGUGGCUCCAGAGGACUAGGAGGAGGAGGAGGAGGCGCCGCUGCUCCUGUAGCUGCUUUCCCCCUUGGCAUAAUGGCUGACAAAGCCAAGCCUGGCAAGGCUGCCAACAAGACUCCCCCCAAGUCUCCUGGAGAUCCUGCCAAGGAGAAGUCAGCUAAACGUCUCUCACUGGAGUCCGAGGGCACCAAUGAGGGGGCCGCUGCCCCGGAACUCAGUGCCCUGGAGGAGGCCUUCAGGAAAUUUGCUAUCCAUGGAGAUACCAGAGCCACAGGGAAAGAGAUGCAUGGAAAAAACUGGUCAAAACUCUGUAAGGACUGCCAAGUAAUCGAUGGAAAAAAUGUGACAAUCACCGACGUGGACAUCGUCUUCAGUAAAAUCAAAGGGAAGUCCUGCAGAACAAUUACUUUUGAACAAUUUAAAGAAGCUCUGGAAGAACUCUCAAAGAAGCGAUUUAAAGAUAAGAGCAACGAGGAGGCUAUCCAGGAGAUACACAAACUCAUCGAAGGAAAAGCCCCGAUAAUAUCAGGAGUGACGAAAGCCAUCUCCUCUCCAACUGUGUCACGACUUACAGAUACAUCCAAAUUCACUGGUUCCCACAAGGAGAGGUUCGAUCCAUCUGGCAAGGGAAAGGGCAAGGCAGGCAGAGUGGACUUGGUGGAUGAGUCAGGCUACGUGCCUGGAUACAAGCAUGCGGGCACGUACGACCAUAAAGUCCAAGGAGGGAAAUAGGCGUCUCGUACGGAGAACAAGCCUUGUCAGGACGGCGAUGGCACACUGUUCAGGUUGGCAUGAAUGAGAAAGUGAUGAUGUUGGAAAUUGUUUUCAGGAACUGGAACUUAUUCUACCACCUGCUGAGGUCCUCACAACACAGGGCAACACUUCUUUACAUUCCUCAUGUUUAACGUGGGCAAAAGCAAAAGGAAAAAAAGAGUCUCUGAGCUUUAGGCAAGAAACCAAAUGGAAACGUCUUUUUUUUUUUCUUUCUGAUCCACACCAUAUCAGUAGCACUAAGAGGCCAGCAACAUUCCCAAAUGUUCAGUGUUGCUUCAGGGGUGAGAGAGGGUCUCCUUUUACCCCUCAGAUGGGGUGUUCUCCUGGCCUGCUUCACAUUUGGCAGAAUAUCUUUCAGAAGAACAUCUCCCACUUGAGUGGGUUAGGGGUCUGGCCAUGCCUGAUUCCUUUCUAAUGAGUCCACUCUGCCCUCGGAGACAAAAUGCUGAGCAUUAAACUGGGAAGUAAAUGGCUGUUUUUCCAAAGAGACUUCAGUAGGUCCCUAUUACUACCCUAUUUGCAAGCAGAGGAAGUUUCUUCCUGGAAAGCCAGAGAAAUAUAGCUCCUGGAUGACUAGUAUGUGAGCAGAGGGAUAACAGGGCACAUCUUCGUAUGUCUAAAGUGGCCUCUUUCCCUUAUGUGAACCAUACCCACUUUAAUCCAAAUUACCAAUACAUAUAAGGGUCAAAACAGCAAGACUGGGAGUGGGAGGGGGGGAAAGGGGGAGGCUGGAGUCAAUUAGAGCUAAUCUACUAACUAGAACUAUAAAAACAACUAAACUAAGCCUUAGGUGACAGAAAACAGGAUUGAAGGAUGGCCACAAUUUGUUUCUAGGCUUACACUGCCACAUAGUGGGUGUGAAGGGCAUCGGGGGGAGUCUCACAUACACAGUUUAACAUGCAAAGGCUAACCCUAACGCUGCCGAGGUUUUGUCCAGAAUUUGGCUCACACUGCCAUGCUGUGUGUUUGUGUAGGGUACAGAAGUCUAAUACAUGUGAACACAACUCCACACAUCUACAUGGUGUCCACUUAUAUGCUAGCUCUGAGGUGAUGAAGUUUGAAAUCUCAAAUAACAAAGGUCAAACGAACGGGAAGAAAGUCUUGUGAGGUAGGACAUAAAAACUUCCCAGUUUACAAAACGCCAAUCAUCCCCUCACCUCUCCUCCCUCUCUAGAGCAGCAGAAAAAUUACUUGAGUUUUAAGUCUUCUAAUAUUUAUAAAGCAUGUGAGCAAUUUAUGAAAGGCAUUGGUAUGUGUCACAGAGUGCUCAUUUCAUAUUACUUAAUGCAAAAAAAUUGAGUUCCAACCAAUGCAACGGCUUUUAUGUUUUCUGUCCUGCCAGCAGAAGUCCAGAACAAACCCAUUAUUUGUCACCAUUUCCCCCUCUUUGAAACUAAAACCAACACAUCGUUAAGUCCAAAACAUGCAAUGAAAAUGAAUGAUGAUUUUUUUUAGCCUGGGCAUUUGCAGUUGACCAUUUAAAGCUUUGCUUUUCCUUUUGUGAAAUGGAGUUCAUGCAUUAACUUUAAUAAUAUGUAACUUUGGCUAUUAAAGUUUAAUCAACUUUACAGUCUCUCUCUGUUUGUCCCUUUUCCCAUUUUGGAUUCAAUACAGAUUAGAGGCAUCUUUCAGAGUGUGAUCAGGAUGGGAUUAUGUAUGCUGGCUUUGCACAGAGUCAAUAAUGCCCUCUGGAAUUAACAAUACCCAGCCAGAAUUAACCCCCUCUCCCCUUUUUAAAAAACUCUUGAACAGUCUUUUGCUCUUUUUUUUUAAACAGCAAUUUACUCUUAACUGACUUUCCCUUGGAAGCGUCCUUUAUAAACUUGGCCUCCCCUGAACUCUUCCAAUCCCUAACAGGACGUGAAACCAAAACAACAAAAAUAAACAAAGGAAAGAAGUCUCUCUUAGGUCCCAGAUUUUUGUUUGGAUUUUGUUUUGUGUUUGCGAGAAAAGAGAAACACAGCCAUGAGUCCAUUUUUCAGCAUGCCCUGGGUACUGCCCUGUGUUAGAGUUUUCCAAUCUGUUGCCGUCACUGUAUGUUCAGGUUUCUUGAAGUUAAGAUAUUUUUGUGGAGGUAUAACAGUCUUAACCUUUUGUUGUUGCUGUUGUCAUUUCUGUCUUUGCAAUCUUAUGUUAAACAGGGUCCCUGCCUCAUUCACAAACCAUAAAAAAGUGUCUACAAACAUUUCCAACUGCAUCCAUGUUCAGUAUUUAUAGCCGAGGUAACAUUUUCUUAGUAUUACUACAUUUGCCAAUUUGUUGAACAUGCAUGUUUAUUUAGGUCUCAGGAAUCUUUACUUUUUUGUAUUCAACACCAUUUCAGUCAUGGAAAUAUUUAAACAAAACUUUAUAGAAGAUGUGACUCCAGGUUUUGUUGUGAGCUGAGCAUUAUGUGGAGGUACAGAUAGCUAGUAGGGCCAGGCCUCCCAAGAGUGAAUUUAUUCACUUGCUAGGCAAGCAUAAGGGCAGGGAAAGCUUUGGAAUGUUUCUCCCCCACCCACCCAGAAGCUUGAGAGCCUGAAAGAUAAACUCCCUAUCUUGUGGUGUUGGUGUCUUUUUUUUUUUUUAAAGACAGGCAGA